AUGAAACAACAAUCACUCUUCAAGGCACCUCAACCACUUAUUCUUUCUCAUCCUGCAGUGAAAUUAUUUGUAUCACAUGGUGGAUGGAAUAGUGUUCUUGAGACUAUGUCUGCUGAAAAACCUAUGCUAAUUUUGCCAAUGUUUGGUGAUCAAUUUCUGAAUGGACAUCGAAUAGAGCAUGAAUUUGGUACAGGUCGAGUUAUUCGAAAUACAAAAUCAAAUGGUCAUCAACAUCUAAUAACGACUGAUGAGAUCAAUCUAUAUAUUCAACAAAUAUUCGAUUUAAAGAUGGCAGUUAUUGAAAAAGCACAACAAUUACAAAUAAUAAUUCAUCAUGCAAGAGAAAAUACGUCUCCAGAACAUGUAAAUGAAAUUAUCAACAUAAUUAAUCUUAACGUAAUUGAUGCUCAACAUGAAAAUACAAAAAAACAACACCAGGGUACUUUGAAUACAAUUGGAGAUGAUGGCAAUUCGGAAAUAGAUGGAACAGAAAAUGAUGGUACCGGAGAUAAAUCAGAUCGUAAAAAUAAUCGCAACAAUACACCAGAUAGAAAGAAAUCGUUUGAUCGAAAUAAUGAUGAUGAUAAUAAUGAUCGAGCAAAUCGACGAGAUCAUAUGCAUGAUAGAAAAAAUAAUCGUAAUAACAGACCAGAUAAAACGAAGCCAUAUAAUCGAAACAAUGAUGAAGAUUUUGAUGAUUCAGGCGAAUUAUUACCAUCAAAAGAUCGUAAGAGAAAACAUUGGAAGAAGGAUAAACAUAUGCAAAAACAUAAACAUUGGAAGAAAAAGAAACAUGGUAAACAUCAUCAUGGUCAUGAACAUCAUCGAAAACAUCACCAUCAUCAUCAUCAUCAUCAUCGCCAUCAUCAUGAAGAUAAAAAUCAUCGACAUAGAAAACCGAACCAUCGAAAACCUGAAUACAACGAAGAAGAUAAAUUUAUUGAUAAGAAUAAAAGUAAUAAAGAUCAAUACAAUGACUCACCAGCAAGUCGACGAAAUCCAACGAAUACCGAUGUUUACAAUUCUGAUCGAAAGAACAACACUUGUGUAGAAAAUCAUGGUUAUUGUAUUUUUAAUGAAAAAAUUAAACCUACAUGUCUGUGUUUACCUUGUUUUACUGGUGAAAAAUGUGAAGAAGAAAUAGUAUCUAGAAAUUUAUGGACUAUUUUUGUACCUCUCGAUGAAGUAACCAUAGGUGGAGCGACAACUCAAGCUAUUCUUGGUGGUUUAUUUGGUGGAUUUCUUAUAUUAAAUGGAAUACUAUGUUUACAGACAUAUUUAUGCAAAAAAAUACGUAUAACAAACUUAGGAAUCUACUUGAUAAUGCUGUCAAUUGUAUCAAUAUUUAUUGGUUUAUUACAAAUUGUAUUUACGUCACUAAUUCCAUAUGUUAAGAAAUUACCACAACCAUCUUUAUUUGCUGAUUUCUAUUGUUUUAUUAUGUCAAAAUUUGUUACUGUAUCCCUUAUUGCUAUGUACAAUUGGUUUAUUGCCAAUGUUGCUAUAGAAAGAAUGUUAGUUGAAUGUUUUACAAGUUGUAAUCUAUAUGAUUCGAGGCGUCGUUCAUUUAUAGUCUCUAUUAUUAUUAUAAUCAUAUGUCCGUUAACUACACUUCCUGGAAUCUUCACAGUUCGUCAAAAUCAACCACCACAACUACGACCUGUUCAAUGCAUCAACUUCACUCACCUUGGAUAUAUCUUAUAUGCAACUAUUACACGUAUUCAUCUAUUUGCAUUCUAUCUUCUCUAUAUUAUAAUGAACAUUAUAGUCUUAGGACAUCUUCUUAGACAUCGUCGACGUUUUACAGAUAAUGAUUCAUUACCUACUCAGCUUUGGGUCAUUCUAUGUAAACAUAAAGAUUUUUUUAUACCUUAUUUAAUUCAAGCUCUCGGUCAGUUACCUAAUGUAUUGAUGGAUUUUAUUAUGACAUGUUCAAUGGCUAACACAACGUUGGUCGCUCGUAUAUCUGUGGCAUUUUAUGUUAUACAAAUUGCUCCAUUUGCAUUAACAUUUUAUUUAUACACUUAUUUAUCGCCAGUGUAUUGGUCAGAAUUUUGGAAUUCUUCUCCCAUUGGAAAAUGUCUUAUAAAAAUGAAUUUCUCUGUCGAUCUUCCACAUUCGAAAUUCCCGAACUUGUCAAUAUCACCUUUAGUUACAGAUGAUGCUUCGGAGAUGUUUAUUCAUCUUAAUGAUGAAGAGACAGUAAAAUAUCUUAUUGGCCCACCGUUUCCCAUCACAAUGGAUCAAAUCAAAGAUUAUAUUUCUUCUCGACCUUUAGUCAGUGAAUAUCCUACGACGUUUGCAAUUCGUGAUAAUAAAAAAAUGAUCGGUGAAUUGUGUCUGAUACCUCAAAAGAUUGCUUCUACGUAUGAAUUGGGAUACUAUCUGGCUCGACCCUAUUGGAACAAUGGUAUUACAACUGCAGCAGUCAAAAUAUUUUUAAACAUAAUGAUAGAACGGAUUAGUACAGAACAUGAUAUUAGAAUUGAAGCAGGAUAUCUCGCUGAUAACCUUGCAAGUGAAAAUGUUUUGAAAAAUGUGGAUUCACGAAAAUAG